UGAAAGCAAUGAACACCAGCCUUUCGUCGGAAAUACCGUACUCAAACGAUGGUGACCACCGUGCCAAAGCGACGAACGCAUCUCACAACAACAACGGUUCUUGCGUAAGUGCGCACGACACCGACCAUCAGGACUCACACGGUCCGGACCGGUUUGCCUUUGCCUGUGACGAUCCACCAUCGGAUGCACGGUUGCAACCUUCGGACAGUCUGGAUGACGAUCUAGAGGAUGUGUACAAAACGUGCAACAGCCAGUCGGUGGUCGAAUGGAUUAACGACGAUGACGAGCUGGAACGGUUGGAUCUUCCGAUCGAACCGAUCGACCCAACCGGUACCGUGUUCAAUCGAGUCGACAGCUCGGAAAUCAUCUACCAGGAGAAGAAGAAAAAGUGCAAACUCGUCGGCAAGUACGUAAUGGGUGACGUGCUCGGCGAGGGCAGUUACGGCAAGGUGAAGGAGGUGCUCGAUUCAGAAACGCUUAAUCGACGAGCGGUAAAGAUUCUAACCAAACGAAAACUACGACGCAUUCCAAAUGGCGAGCAGAAUGUGCGGAGCGAAAUAAAGCUGCUCCGCAAGUUGCAGCACCGCAACGUGAUCGAGCUGCUGGAUGUGCUGUACAAUGAGCAGAAGCAGAAGAUGUAUCUGAUCAUGGAGUACUGCGUCGGUGGACUGCAGGAAAUGCUGGACUCGGUGCCGGAAAAGCGGCUACCGAUACACCAGGCGCACGAUUACUUCGUGCAGCUGCUGGACGGGCUGGAGUAUCUGCACGGUCGGGGCAUCAUACACAAGGACAUCAAGCCGGGCAAUCUGCUGCUAACGCUAGAUCAAACACUGAAAAUAUCGGACUUUGGCGUAGCGGAAGCACUGGAUACGUUUGCACCGACGGAUGAAUGUACGACCGGGCAGGGCUCGCCAGCCUUUCAGCCACCGGAAAUUGCUAACGGGCAUGAGGUAUUCUCAGGGUUUAAAGUUGAUAUCUGGAGCACGGGCGUUACACUGUACAAUAUAACUACCGGAUUGUAUCCGUUCGAAGGUGAUAAUAUUUAUAAACUGUUAGAAAACAUAGGAAAAUGUGAAUGGAAUCCGCCGGCAUGGUUAGAGCCGCGGCUGGCCGAUUUGCUCGUUAAUAUCCUGCAGGCGGAUCCACGGAAACGGUUCACACUGCAGCAGAUCCGGCACCAUGAAUGGUUCCUGUGUGCACCGGUUGCAACGAGCCCGCCCGUACCGAUACCACCGUUAAAAGGCGAUUGGAAUAGAUGUUCAACCGUGCUGCCUUACCUGUUAGCUCACCACUACGAAAAAGAUCGUGACAUGCCGUACUACACGGAGCACGAUGUCAAUGAAAUGGCACGACAACAGUACGAUCAGUACACGGAAGAUGGGCUGUAUGAUCGUUCCUACCUUGCACCACCGAUGAUGGAAUCGCUUUCGUUUCACUCGGACGAUCCGGGCAGUGAAACGGAGAUGAGACGUGCCUACUAUCCACAGCAAACCAGUGGCAGUGGUCGCUCCACGGUAGAGAAACGACCAUCGCGAAGCUUCUCGCUAUCACCGAAACCAAGCAUAAAACACAUGAUCGGUAGCAGCUGUCCGGCAACGACCGGUAACAGUAGCAAACGACGAUCGCGAAAAACCGUUUCCUGUAUAUCGUGGCGCAAGUGGCCCCACUGCCGCCAGUCUUGAAGA